CCAACAGAAGUGUGUGAAGUUCACACCGAUUUAUCAUCAGUUGGUUCAGUCCGAGGAUGGCCGCUGCUGUCGGUGUAAAUAAACAGACGAGCGCAGCGGCGAUGGAGCCCUGUGUGAGACACGGCCGCAGUACAACCGCUAAUGCGGUGAAGGUGUUGGAGUGUGGUGUUUGCGAGGAUGUGUUUUCACUGCAAGGCGACAAGGUGCCGCGUCUGCUGCUGUGUGGACACACGGUGUGUCACGACUGCUUGACCCGUCUGCCUCUUCACGGCAGGGCAGUUCGCUGCCCCUUUGACCGACAGGCCACAGAGCUGGGAGACUCGGGUGUGUGGGGCCUGAAGAAGAACUUUGCUCUGCUAGAACUGCUCGAACGGCUGCAGAAUGGGGCCAGCAGUCAGUCAGGCAUGUCUGAGGAUGUGCUUCGAGAGAUGGGAGAGUGCAUAAUCCGCUGUGAUGAGGAUGAGACUCACACUGCUUCCAUGUACUGCACUGUUUGUGCCACACAUCUGUGUGCCGAGUGCUCCCAGCUCACCCACUCCACCCGGACACUGGCCAAACACCGGCGUGUGCCGCUGGCAGACAAGCCCCAUGAGAAGAUGCUCUGUCCACAGCACCAGGUGCACGCCAUUGAGUUUGUCUGCCUGGAGGACGGCUGCCAGCCGGGGCCGCUCAUGUGCUGCGUGUGCAAGGAGUACGGGAAGCACCAAGGACACAAGCAUGCUGUGCUGGAGGCUGAAGCCAACCAGAUCCGAGCAUCUAUUCUGGAUAUGGCACACUGCAUCCGAACAUUCACAGAGGAAGUGUCGGAGUACUCCAGGAAACUAGUGGGCAUCGUGCAGCAGAUUGAAGGAGGAGAGCAGAUUGUGGAGGACAGCAUGGGCAUGGCUCACACUGAACAUGUAGGAGUGUGUUUUAUGUGUUCAUAUUGCAUUUGCAAUCUAAAUAAGUUUGCACUGAACUCUUCCCUGGUUUCCACUCAGGUACCAGGAGCUGCCGAAAGUGCCCGAUCUUGUGUGCGUGCCUAUUUUGCGGAUCUCCACGAGACGCUGUGCCGUCAGGAGGAGAUGGCUCUGAGCGUGGUGGACGCACACGUCCGAGAGAGGCUGAUCUGGCUUCGACAGCAGCAGGAGGACAUGACCAUACUGCUGUCCCAGGUGUCCACUGCCUGCCUGCACUGCGAGAAAACACUGCAGCAGGAUGAUUGCAGGGUGGUUUUGGCGAAACAGGAGAUCAACCGGUUACUAGAAACACUGCAGAAACAGCAGCAGCAGUUUACAGAGCUGGCCGACCACAUUCAGCUGGAUGCAGGCAUCCCUGUUACUUUCACUAAGGACAACCGUGUGCACAUUGGUCCAAAAAUGGAGAUCCGGGUUGUGACUUUGGGUUUAGAUGGAGCUGGCAAAACUACUAUUCUCUUCAAACUGAAGCAAGAUGAGUUUAUGCAGCCCAUACCGACCAUAGGUUUUAACGUGGAAACUGUUGAGUACAAAAACCUGAAAUUCACCAUUUGGGAUGUUGGUGGCAAACACAAACUCCGUCCCCUGUGGAAACACUACUAUCUGAACACACAAGCGGUGGUGUUUGUGAUUGACAGCUGUCACAGAGACCGGCUGAUGGAGUCUCACAGUGAACUGGCCAAACUGCUGACAGAGAAAGAGCUCCGAGAUGCUCUGCUGCUCAUCUUCGCCAACAAACAGGACGUUCCUGGUGCGGUGUCUGUGGAGGAGAUGACAGAGCUCCUGAGCUUACACAAACUGUGCUGCGGCCGCAGCUGGCACAUCCAGGGCUGUGACGCCCGCAGUGGCAUGGGUCUACACGAGGGGUUAGACUGGCUCUCACGCCAGCUGGUGGCCGCAGGAGUUCUGGAUGUGGCCUGAAGGACGCUUAACCACUAUUAAUAGACUUAUGACUUAAAACUCAAGCUGGACCAUGCCAUUUGCACAGUCACCCUGCUCAUGUUUACCCACAGUACCACGUCGUACCAUCAUACAUUAGUAGACUUGCUGCGGUGUGCGCUCAUGGCUCAGUGGUGUACAUAAGUGGAGCUUAAAUAGGAGUGAUUGAAGCGAGGACUCCAGGUUAAAUACAAGGCAGCACGCUGCCGGUUACCAUCAAACAUCAUUUCAACUCCGCUGUGGCAGUUGCUUCGGUUGCCCUGUAGACAUGCUUUACUGUAAAAAUGUUUUUUUGUUGGAUAGUCCCUGCUUGGAUCCCUAUCACAGAGAUUGUAAUCAAGAACAUUUGCAUAUGCUUUUCAUUAAUGUGUAUUUAACCUGGACUGUUCCUUUCAAAACAAGUUGAUGGACAUUACAAACUAAAC